UGAAUCUGGUAUUUUAUUAGACUCUUGCAACCACAUUAAACAAAAAUCAUAGUAUCAAUCUAUUAUUCAUCAUCAUCGUCUUAUUACUAUCAUUGAUCAACAACCACAUGAACCUCUCUCACACUCUGUUUCAACACAAACACUCUCUUCUCUGUCACUAACAUGUCAUCAUCACAACAACAAAACCAUCACCAACACCGCAUAAACACCACCACAAGAAAAAGAGAACGAAACCACUUGAUGAAGAAUCAAAACAAAGCUAUAACAUCUUUUUGUUCCCUUCUUUCAUUACCCUUUCUACCUGAAGAACUCAUUGUUGAAAUUCUCACAAAACUUCCCGUGAAAUCUCUUUUACGUUUCAGGUGUGUAUCAAAAUCAUGGUUAAGCUUAAUUUCCGAUCGUUACUUCAUAAAAAAACACAUUUUUUUUUCAACAAAAAACACUCACUUCACAACUCACCAUAGAAUCAUAUUGAGUGCAACAACAGCUGAGUUUCACCUCAAAUCUUGUUCAAUUUCAUCUCUUUUCAAUAGCCCAUCAACGAUUUCUGAAGAUUUAAACUACCCUGUUAAGAACAAGUUUCGCCAUGAUGGUAUUGUUGGUUCUUGUAAUGGGUUCCUCUGUUUUGCUAUAAAAGGUGAUUGUGUUCUUCUUUGGAACCCUUCCAUUAGGGUUUCUAAAAAGUCACCACCUUUAGGGAAUAAUUGGAGACCUGGUUGUUUCACUUCUUUUGGACUUGGUUAUGAUCAUGUUGAUGAAGAUUACAAAGUGGUUGCUGUGUUUUGUGAUCCUAAUCAGAUUUUCAGUGAAUCUAAAGUUAAGGUUUUUAGCUUGGCUACUAAUUCUUGGAGAAAGAUUCAUGAUUUCCCUCGUGGCGUUUCACCUUAUCAAAAUUCAUCUGGAAAAUUUGUUAGUGGAACUCUUAAUUGGGCUGCUAAUUACUCACUUGGUGGUGCUAGUUCUUUUUGGCUUAUUGUUUCUUUGGAUUUGGAGAAGGAAACAUAUAGGGAAGUUCUUCCACCUGAUUAUGAAAAGGAAGAGUGUUCAAUUCCUAAUUUGUGUGUUCUAAAGGGGUGUCUUUGCAUGAGUUAUGAUUACAAAAGGAGUGAUUUUGUUGUGUGGAUUAUGAAGGAUUAUGGUGUAAGAGAGUCUUGGGUUAAAUUGGUGACAGUUCCUUAUUUACCUAAUCCUGAAGAUUUUUCAUAUUCAGGACCUUAUUGCAUAUCAGAGAAUGGUGAAGUGUUGUUGAUGUUUGAGUUUGACUUGAUUGUGUAUGACCCAAGAAACCAAUCUUUUAGGUAUCCUAGGAUUGAGAGUGGGAAGGGUUGGUUUGAUGCAGAGGUCUAUGUUGAAACUUUGGUUUCACCUAUGAAUCAUUGAGGUUGAUGUUCUAGCUAUGCAAUCAAUGUGUAAGGAAGAAUAAAAUGGUGUGAAGUAUUUGAAAUCUUUCUGGUUUCAUUUCUGUUUAUGUAUUAUACCAUUAGAUGUAUAAAUAUGUAUAUGUAUAUGCAGAACCGAGAGACAAAACAGUGUAUAUAGAUUAUAGAUGUUGUUAGAAUUUGGUGGAGCUUAUUUAUGUGUUUUUGUGUUGGGGUUAUGUUAUACACCCAUAGAUGAUAUAAAGAUAAAACAUAUAGUUCCAGCUAUUUGUUGAUAUGUGGGAUGAUUCUGUUGUGAAUACUUUUUUUUUGGGUAAAUCGAGUGACAAAAUUUUCCAUCAAAAAUUGUAAUGCUGGUGAGUUAUGGGGCUCUCCGUCAAGAGAUUCAACGUUGGUGCAUUUUCAGGACAAGAUUUGAAACCAGAACUUGUUAUUGUAAAAAUUAGUAAAGAUUUUGUGUAAGACUGAACACUCAUAAUUCCAAUAUUUCAUUUAGAAUA